CUAGCCUUGGGUGACAGAGGCCAUGUCUGGACUUACUUUAAAAAUAUGUCAGCUGUUUCUGGGUGGCACGUGAAGUUGGAGGCUGAGAGCUUCCCCCACCACCACCAACAUGGAGAGUUUGGACCGAGUCCUGUUCUUAGCGCUCGAAUGCCUGAACCUGAAGCUGAAGAAGCUGCCCUGGGUGCACACGCCGUCAGCCACGAUGGUGUGCACUCUGGUGGUGGUGUCUUACUUCCUCAUUACUGGAGGGAUGCUUUGUGAUGUUAUUGUUGAACCUCCAAGUGUUGGUUCAGUGACUGAUGAACACGGGCAUCAGAGACCAGUCGCUUUCUUGGCCUAAAUGAACAGUAUGUUAUGGAAGGACUUGCAUCCAGCUUCCUGUUUGAGUUUUUUCAUGGCUAGAGUCUUCAUGAGAAUGAAGCUGCUGGGGUAUCUAAUGGUUUAGAGUGUCUUUUGAGAAGAAAUCAGCAGGUACUGAAUUUUCUCCUGUUAAUGAAAUUUUAAAGGCUGUACCAGUCCUCGGAUAUGAAAUACGGAAAAGGAUAAAAAGUAGCAGAAAAGAAACAUCUAGUGAA